AUGGCUAACUUUUUCUUCGAGGAUAAAGCGAAGCGAUUAAGGGCCAAGUAUCCGCGCGUGCAGACUGUUAUCGGUGACCUCAAAGAUUACGACUCGCUCAAGGCGGGAGCCGAAAAGGCAGAUAUCGUAAUCAACGCCGCGCCGGACAUUACUCAUGACAAAGGCAUCGACGCGAUCCUGAGGGGGUUGAAGAGCGGCUCUCGAAAUCGCAAAGGAUAUUACAUCCACACCUCUGGAGCUUCAUGUAUCUACGAGGAUCCAGAACCUGGGAGAGAACCUCGCGUGUGGGACGAUAUUGCGGACAUUGACGAGUUGCUCGCGUUGAGCCCUAACAAGACUCACGUUGUCACUGACAAUGCAGUGCGAGCCGCAAGCUCCAAGGUGAACGUGGCCAUUAUCUCUCCACCAGGUGUUGCGGGGGUGAGCCCUUCAAUCGAGCACCCCUUCCCUCUGGCGACUGCUGUUUACAUUUUCACGACUCGGGCCUUCAACUCAGGAUUCGAGGUUAACCACGGCAUUAACCGCAUGUCAGAGGUUGACGUACUCGACCUGGCCCGCACUUAUCUCAUACUUGUGAACAAUGCCGUGGAGGCCCUCGAACGCGGUUCUGAUGUCCCUUCCGAGCCAGCCGGCUUCCCACUUUGGGGGAAACAGGCUUAUUACUGGGCUGUCGGCCAGAUCAUCCCGUUUCACGACCGCAUGGCUGAGCUUGUUCCGUCGCUACACAAGUUAGGUGUCAUAGACGGCAAGGAAAUCAAGACAAUGAGCCAGCUCGACCUGGUGCGGACCAUCGUUUCGGGGGGAGAGGAGUAUGAUCCAGAUGCUCCAUUGCCGCCUGCUGACUCGUGGAUGCUCCAUCUUGGUGUUGGGUUGAGCUCUCACAGUCCACCGGACCCUGUAUUCACCUUGAAGAAGCUAGCCGACGGUGACUUGUCACCGAACAAGGUCGACCUCGGUGUUGGGGUAUACCGGAACGAGCAAGGUGGUUACCAUGAACUCGAGGCCGUUAAACGGGCCAAGAAGAUCCUGGACGAGAGAAAUCCAGGUCAUGACUACGAAAGCACUAUUGGGAACGCAAACUUCUUGAAACAUUCUGCCGAGCUGAUAUUCGGUACAUCUAAUCCAUUGAUUAAGGACGGAAAGGUUGCGACUGUGCAGACAAUAUCGGGUACUGGGGCCAACCACCUGGCCGCAUUGUUUCUCCACCGGACUCCCGAAUUUGCAGACAGGACCGUCUACAUCGGCACCCCAGCAUGGGGCAACUACGAGUCAAUCUUCAAACUUGUCGGGGCUCGGGUGGCCAAGUACAAGUACUAUGACGCCAAGGACGGCAUCAAUUUCGCGGGGAUGCUCGAGGCCGUCAAGACGGCGCCCGCGAGGAGCAUAUUCAUCCUGCAGAGCUGCUGCCACAACCCGACUGGCGCCGACCUGACAAAGUCGCAAUGGGAUCAGCUAGCCGAGUCUUUCAGCAAGCACGAGGUGCUCCCCUUCUUCGACAUUGCGUACCAGGGCCUCGGCGAGGGCAUCGAAGAUGACGUUUAUGGAAUCCGGCGAUUUGUGGCGUUGGGCCUCGAGGUAAUGGUGGCACAGUCGUUCGCCAAGAACUUUGGCCUGUACGGUGAGCGCUGCGGCGCGCUGCAUGUUGUCGGGAAGACCAGGGACUCCACGGACAAUGUUCGUGACCAGUUGCGCUCGCUUAUCCGGGCUGAGUUCUCCUCUUCCCCUGCUUAUGGCUCGCGACUGGUGACUAUAGCGUUGGAGAACGGGGAGCUGGCUAAAACAUGGCGAGACGAGUUGGAUUCCAUGAGAGAGAGGCUGCUUUCCCUUAGGCGAGCUCUUUAUAAUGCGGUGGUCAACGAUUAUCAAGUUCCGGGCGAUUGGACAGUCAUCACGUCAACACGCGGCCUCUUCUGCUUCCUACCGCUGAAUCAACAACAAUGUGUGGCACUGAGAGAAGAACACCACGUGCAUUUGCCCGAGACGGGCCGGAUCAACGUUGCGGGGUUGAACAGAAAGAACAUUGACUAUGUCGCCAAGGCAAUAAGCAAUGUGCUGAAAUCGGGGAAGAAUUCGUUAUAG